AUGAAGAAACACUUUGCUAGAUUCGGAAUUCCCAGAGAACUGAUAACCGACGUUAGACCACAGUAUACGUCCACCGAAUUCUGUAACUUUACACAGAAGUGGGGUAUAAAGCAUCACAUCACGUCGCCCCACCACUCAGCAUCAAACGGUAAAGCUGUGAAAGCCAUGAAGACGCUGAUCAUCAAGUGCCACGAGUCGCGUACGGACCCGAUGGAGGCGAUCCUGGAGCAACGAAACAUCCCUCGUGCCGACACCAAGAGGAGUCCAGCUGAGAUGAUGAUGAACCGAAAGCUUCGCACCAUGGUACAUUCGCGCGUGAAAGCAGAGCCAAGUUGUGAAUCGCGAGUGAAUCGUAAGAAAUCGGUGAAAAAUGGUUCGAUCGAAAAGCGCACGAUCAACCAAAAGUAA